CUGCGCUUUUCUUUUUCGUAAGCCGGAGAUUCUGCACGGGCGCUAAGACUUGAACUUCCGAUCUUGCAGUCUCCCCACAGUUCAUUUGAAAUCUGAACUCCGCUUAGGCGCAAGUUCUUGGUUUUCGCAGCUGGAGUCGGUUUGCAAAGAACCAUUCGAAGAUACGGCGGGAGCCACAAAGCAACAAAUACCUACCUGGGAGCCACCAUUCUACAAAGACGUCUUUAGACAACAUAUCAACAACGAAGAAAGCACGUUACGACAGAACAUUAGUUUGUAUUGGGUUCGAUCUAAUCAAUCCCAUUGAUCAUAUUCUAUUGGAUCCCAGCCAUGCCACGCCGAUCGUCGCGGGCCGCUCCGGCCUCGCCGCAAGCGCCUGGGGCGGCGCCAAAGCGACGCGCCUCAACCAGGCUGUCUGCUUCGCACACCGAGAUCAAGAGGGUCAAGUCUAACGCAUCCUUGCCGGGGAAGCCCGUCAAGUCCACGACGAAGAAAAGCAAGUACUUUGAGCCUGAGAACUCCGAGGAAGAAGAGUCGCCGUCUAGCGAAUCCAAUGGAGACGAGUCGGACUCUGCUUAUGAAGAAGACAAGGCCUCCGAUGUGUCGUCCGAGCAUGACUCGGUGUUAGAAGAGCCCAGCGAUGAUGAGGAGGAGUCGAAGAAGUCUCGUCCGAAAGGGAAGGGCCAACGUAGCACCGCGACAGACGAGGAGCUUCUCAAGGGCAAAGAGCUCUGGCGUGAAGGCGUGCGAACCGGACUGGGACCCGGAAAGGAGGUGUUCAUCCCAAAGCCCAAGGCGCGAGACCCAGGCAACGUGCCAUACCAGGAUGAGGUGCUGCAUCCCAACACCAAGCUGUUCCUGCAGGAUCUGGCGAAGAACAACGAUCGCGAAUGGCUCAAAGCGCAUGACCCUGAUUAUCGCGCGGCAAAGAAGGAUUUUGAGACCUUCGUAGAGACCUUGACCCAGAAGAUCACGGUGAAGGACGGCACCAUUCCUGAGCUGCCGGUAAAAGAUCUGGUAUUCCGCAUUCAUCGCGACAUCCGCUUCAGCAAAAAUCCACUUCCGUACAAGAUUCAUUUUUCGGCUGCGUGGUCCCGGACUGGCAAGAAAGGUCCUUAUGCAGCGUACUAUGUCCAUUUCCAGCCUGGCGCUUGUUUUGUUGGCUGCGGCCUCUGGCACCCAGAGGCUGACCCAUUGAGGACACUUCGAGAGGACAUCGACGAAAAUGCAGAUCGCUGGAAGGCAGUUCUUCGGGCGCCGGCCUUGCGCCGCGAGUUUCUGAAAGGAGCGUCCGAUGACGACGAUGCGGUCGUAAAAGCAUUUGCUCAUGCCAAUAGGGAAUCAGCCCUCAAGACCAAGCCUAAGGUAUGUAUUCAUGUUCUUGCUCUUUCUUGUUUUAGUCCUUCCUUCUCCCAAGCGUGCAAUCAUCAUCACGAAAGUGCUUGAUGUUGCCACUGGCACCUGUAUUCGUAUUGGACUUCGAUGAUCUCGGUUUCUAUUCGAUGGACGAUGCCGAGGGAGGAGGCUCGGGAGGGUGCUUGGGUGGUCGCAGUGCGAUCGAGGGCUUCGUCCACCACCCGACCGGCAUCAGGGAUUGCAAUUUUUUCGGCAAUUCAUCCCAGACUGGAACGAGCAGUUCCCAGACGAAGCUAUGAUGCUUCAAUUGCAUCAGCUGGAGGUCGAGGGAACCGCUGCAGGCCCGUUGAAGAGGCGUCUGGCCAGUUUGCGCUCGACGCGUCCGAGGCUAGAUUGGCGCACAUACAGUACCAUACGGGGCUGGACGAAUCACGACCUCCCGGUCAGCCCAGCAACCAGGAACCAGCAACCAUGGUGGAUGAGCUUAGCAAAUUGAGAAUCUCUUGCUCAUUAUGGUCGCCCUCCUGACUGUUUUGCGCAGUGGCAGGAAACACGAGACCAAGCGCACGGGUACGCAACCCGUGUUUUGGUCAAUCUGGCGAUGAGCUAUGAGACUAGGGACGAAGAAUGGUCACCUAUUGCUCCGAGAGCUAUGCCCAACCAGCCCAGUCGGCAGGGAAAGCAGCCUCGGGGUUUAGGCUUCGAGCUAUAGGCGUUC